AGGUGCAUUAUUCCUACUUUGCGGUUUCCCCUCCUCGCUCCAAGAGAAAAAGAAAAAAAAAAAGAGCUUAAUCUCUCUCCAUGUGAUAAUUCUGCAAUGGACUGUCAUUAUUGUCGUACCUACAAUCGAAAGUUUUAUUGCUGUCAUUGUCUGACAGACAAGUACGUAGGCAUAAAAUGAACCGGAGCGUCGUCGCCUGAGCGGGCAAAGUGGAAAGCGGACACUUUGGUUGACAGUCGUUCUUUUUUGUAGAUUGCGUGAUCACAAGGCUGAAUUAACUUCGAUUACUGCGGAAAAAAGUAAAGCCAUUGAAGGCGCACAACAAUGGUUGGCGAAUACCACCGAUCGACAUCAUCUGCAGGUGGAAAAGCAUCGUCGGGCUAGAAACCUGGACCAUUUAACCUCUCAAAGGCGGAGUCUCAGGCAAGAGUGCGAAGAAAUGACAUGCAAAAUCGAUGCAUUGCGGGCACGGAUAAAGCAACGUCAAAUGGCAGUCAGCAGUGGCGAUGAGCGAUUAAAAGUGGGCAUAUCAGAUCAAGCGGAUUGGUCAAAGGAAUUGCAUCGGCUGACCACUCAAUGGUACCGUAUUCAUAAAUCCACCGUUGCCACCCGACGUGUUCUGGUCAACGAAGUCGUAUCCUUAUUCGAUGUGAAACAAGGCCGGAUCGAAGAUGACGAAGGGGAACAGACGGCCAUGUAUCAUUCAAUAUGUAACUUGAAGUUGCCCUCAAGACCCGUGGACCUGACACGAUGCGCCAAAGAACCAAUCAAUGCAGCGGUUGAACUGAUUGUACAUGCAUUACUGCUUUUCGUACGUUACCUAGGCAUCAAGCUGCCAUUUCGAUUAUUCUAUCAACAAGCCCAUCUCUAUGUACGUCCAUCGACCAUCUGGAAAUACGCAAAAGAAAAAAUGCCCCUGUUCCUCGAUGAUGACCGGGAUUACCGGAAAUUCAUUCUGGGUGUAGCAAUGCUGAAUUAUAACCUUGCGUAUCUGUGUCAUCUCCAGGGAGUCGUUGUAUCCAUGGAACAGUUGGCCGAUACCCUAUCGCUCCUCUCCCUUUGUUGCCGAGCACCUCGAUUGGGCAUAAAAUCGCAUGCCACCCUCCAUCGUGGUGUGCGCGAUCUCGACUGCCCUUUGGAUUUUCAACAGGUCGUUAAAAUAACAGCAUCCAGAUAUUGGUGCGGGUCACCGAAAAAAGAUGCAUUAAAUGCCCAUGUCGCGUCCAUUUACGACCACUUUUUUAGUAAAAGACGACGAUCCAACCACACGCCAACCUUUGACCUCACUGCGUCCCGAGUUGGUGACACGAGCGAUGACGAUGAUGAAUAUGAAAAUGGCGAAGACGACGACGACGACGAACAUUGGAAUCUGGUGGACAAUGUUCCUAUCCCCUCCAUAUCCACCAGCCCUAUUUCCACCUACCGACUGUUUCCAUCUUUCCAAUGAAAAAAAAGGAAAAGAAAAAGACAACUUUGUAUAGAAAAUAACCAACCAUUUCUUUUUGCCUCAUUCUUUUUUUAUCGUCUUUUUUAUCGCCGUCAUUUUUUUAUAUAGUUUACUUUAGGGAAUCAAAAAGGGUGUCAAUGUAUACAGAAGGUUAAGAACAAAGAAAAUCGCAAACACAAAAGUAAAUUACAUUUUCCAAAAAAAAAAAAAAAAA